AUGGGCCUAAAAGCCUGGGUCCGUCAGCCGUCAACCAGGCGAAAAGCCCUAUCAGGCUAUCACCAGCGCGAGGCCGAGAAGGCGAGAACCAUGGCCGCCGCGAUGGCCACCGCCGCCAUGGCUGCGGCCGCCUCCUCACGGGCCUUCCUGCGCCCGCACGGCCGCCGCCUCCUCCCCCUCACCCGCCCCCUCCGACGCCGCCUCUCCGCCACAGCCGCCUCCGCUACCGUCUCCACCGCCGCGCCGGGCGGCGUCGUGGACGUGCUCCGGGAGCGCGGCCUCGUCGAGGCCACCACCUCGGAGGCACUCGCGGCGGCGCGCCCCGGGGAGCUUAAGGUGUACUGCGGCUUCGACCCCACCGCCGAGAGCCUGCACCUCGGCAACCUCCUCGGCCUCGUCGCGCUCUCCUGGUUCCGCCGGUGCGGCCACACCGCCGUCGCGCUCGUCGGCGGCGCCACGGGCCGCGUCGGGGACCCAUCCGGAAAGAGCGCCGAGCGCCCCGAGCUCGACGUCGCCGCCGUCGAAGCUAACUCCGACGCCAUCAAGUCCCUCGUCGACCAGAUCCUCGGCCGCGUUCCCGAGCCUGCCCACCAUUCCCAACCCGGUACGAACCAGCAGCCUUUGGUGAAUUCAGCAGCGGGUUCGUCAGCAAACAUGGGUUCCUUCGUGAUCCUGGACAACUACGACUGGUGGAAGGACAUCACGCUGCUGGAUUUCCUCAAGGAGGUGGGGCGGUUCGCGCGCGUGGGUACAAUGAUCGCCAAGGAGAGCGUGAAGAAGCGGCUCGCGUCAGAGGACGGAAUGAGCUACACCGAGUUCACCUACCAGCUCCUCCAGGGCUACGACUUCCUGCACAUGUUCAAGAACAUGGGUGUCAAUGUGCAGAUCGGGGGCAGUGAUCAGUGGGGGAACAUCACGGCUGGAACAGAGUUGAUCCGAAAGAUCUUGCAGGUCGAGGGGGCACAUGGCCUGACGUUCCCGCUCUUGCUGAAGAGCGAUGGGACCAAGUUUGGGAAGUCGGAGGAUGGCGCAAUCUGGCUCUCGUCAAAGAUGCUCUCCCCAUACAAGUUCUAUCAGUACUUCUUUGCAGUUCCUGAUGUUGAUGUCAUCAGGUUUAUGAAAAUCCUGACAUUCGUAAGCUUGGAUGAGAUUCAGGAGCUGGAAGAGUCUAUGAAAAAGCCCAGCUAUGUGCCGAACACUGCUCAGAAGAGGCUUGCAGAAGAGGUGACUCGAUUCGUCCAUGGUGAGGAGGGAUUGGCGGAGGCGCUGAAGGCAACCGAGGCCUUGAGACCUGGGGCUCAGACACAAUUGGACGCACAAACAAUUGAGGGGAUAGCAGAUGAUGUGCCAUCAUGCUCUUUGGCUUAUGAUCAAGUAUUGAAAUCUCCUCUGAUUGAUCUGGCUGUUUCCACAGGUUUGCUUACUAGUAAGUCGGCAGUUAAGCGGCUUAUAAAACAAGGUGGUCUGUACCUGAAUAACAUUAGGAUUGAUAGUGAGGAUAAGUUGGUUGAGGAAGGUGAUAUAGUUGAUGGGAAAGUUCUGUUACUAUCUGCUGGAAAGAAAAACAAGAUGGUUGUGAGGAUAUCUUGAUUGUUCUUUUUUUUUUGGUGUUUCUAGUUUUUGUCCAUCGAGGAGAACAGUUAGGUUCUGAGCCUUUGAACUUGAAUUAGCUGUCUACAAGCAUACAGAUUGUUGUGUUCGAGAGAUUGAAUGCACAUUCUUUUUUGUUUAUUUUGUCCACCAGAGUUUUUUGUGUGCUA